GCUGCGCACAUCGUACGGCACCUGGUCUCCUCAGUAACUGAUUAGAUAUAUUUUUUCGCAAUUGUACAAUCGUUUGUUUGCUUAUAUUGGACCUAGUGUCAUCUAAAAGGAACCGAUCAUUUCGCGGAGAUUUGCGAGGGGUGGUCGGUGUUUGGUUGUAGUUAACGAUUUUCCACGGGUGGUUUUCUGCGAUCUAACUAGUAACGGAAAAUUGUUUUCAGUGAAACGUACUUGACGGUGACAACAUUACAUCUGGCAACACCAGCUUUAUGGCAUACUAGUUCGCGAUUCGGUUGUCGUACUGUCAUUCCGACCUUGUUUGUUUUGAACCACCACCGACCGCGCACAGUCCGUUCAUCAUCAUUGCCAGCAGCCAGUGCAUGGAUGUGUAUGCUUGAUUAAGGGCAUCGAGACGAACCACCGACCGACGAGCAAGAGAAAGAGAGCAUUCGAUCGGCGAGUGUGUGUGAGAAAGUAUAGAGUAGCAUUAUUGGAGUAAACCGGAGCGGAUUUGAAACUCGCAAGGAAACUUGGGGGAGAACAGUAUACGCACCAAAAGGAAUAACGCAAGGAUAUUGUAGCACCAAGGAAAGAAGAAAAAGAGCAAAAAAUAAAGUUUCGCUGUGCAGAAACGGAGCUCAAGUGUUAUUUAGUGUUUAUAUAGGUUUAAUUCGGUAAAUCCUAGUGAGACAAUAGUUUUCGUUGGAUCCGGGAGUAGCUCCAACGAUAUUCAAGAUGAAUAAGCUAGACUAUGAUGUCGAUUGCUUAGAAAUAAGUGACGACCUGAUAAGCAUGGCCGAGGACAAUACACUAGGUGACUUCUCACAUAUCGACGACGAGCUGCAGUUUGUGAAAAAUGACGGAAUGCUAGCACUAAGAUUAAUUCAAGUGGCAGAUAGUUUAGACUCACCCAACUUUAUCACCGGAUCACAAGCAAAUUCCUACCCAACGCUAACCAACUCCAGCAGCGAUCCUAAUCAAUGCUCAUUCUUUGUGAUCAAGAAAAAUAACGAUAACGUGAAACAGAGCAGACCUACCGUGAACAUCAGCAGGACGGGCCCAAGGCCGAUCGACUGCCCCAGUGACAACUCGAACCUGAAUAGAAAGCAACGAGAUGACCGACGACGGGCGAAUCACAACGAAAUUGAACGAAGGCGGCGGGACAAGAUCAACAACUGGAUCCACGAGCUCAACAAGAUCAUCCCUGCGGAACAUAUGAACAGCCCCUCGUCGGAUCCACAGCAGAACAAACAGAACGGUGGCCAGGGCGAUAACCUCUCGAAGGGUGGCAUCCUGGCGAAAGCCUGCGAGUACAUCACCCGGCUAAAGGACACCAGCGACAAACUAACCGAGUGCCUUGCCGAAAAGGAUCAGAUACUGCUGGAAAACCUGCAGCUCAAGGAAAGCAUCAACCAACUGCUAACGGAGAACAAGCGGCUACAGUCGGAACUGCAGUUUGCGCUCGCCACCAACGUUAAGAUAGAAUCGUAGCCAUCAUCAAAAAGUCAUUAUCAUGUUAUCAUAGUCUAAGCGAACCUCUAGGUAUUUAAAGCCCGUUGAACGAGCGUGAGCGCGAAAGUGAGAAAGCGAAAGAGAAUAUUAUAUCUAUAUAUGUGUGUGUGUAUGAGGAUAAAACGCUGUGCGAUCAGACUCCCGAACACACACGUACGCAUGCAUACAAGCGAGAGAAAAAUCGGAGAGAAUCAGUAAGUGUAAGUAUUCGUCAUAAUUAAUUAACCAAUCAAUUUAUCAUAUAGUGUUGUUAGUUGAACUAUUAUUGCACUAAAGAAAACAAAAAAAAAAAAGUAAAAACGAAAAAAGACAUACUGAGAGAAAACGAGACAAAUGCAAGUGAGACACAAGAACGGAACAAAAAUCGAAAAAUAGAACAAAUUAUCCAAAAUAUUGUUGAACCCGUAUAAUCCAGAGAAACUAGACGUAAACCUACCCACAGAACAUCAAUAGACUCGAGUCAGUAUUCAGCCCAUCAUCGAGGAACAAUGUACCACCACCCAAUCAACCAACCAACAAACAUGUUAAUUAUUGAUUCAUUUCUGCCCUCUCGGUUCUUGUGCAGUAUAAUCAUUUGACUUUGUUUCGCUGCAAAAUUCCUGCCUAAGUUUAAUAUAGGUCCGACUUAUUUCUAGAUGUAAAUGUUUGUUUGUAUUCGAUUGUUGAUUUAUUCAUCCGACUUGUACUUGUCGUGUUGUGUUACCUAUACAUACCUUCUGGCAUCAGGAGAGGAAUUUUAUGUUCUUGAAUGAAUGCUACGUAGCUCAAGAGUUCUAGGAAGUUUGUAAACAGAAAACCAGUAGCAUGCAAUGGGAGGAAGUGUGUGGAGUAGUUGCCAAAGUUGUUCCGUUUGUAACCUUGUCACUGUCGUCGUCGUCGUCGACGACAACGACGACAUCUUCAAAUAAACGUUUUGUUGAAAAAUUAAUCCACGUCUCCUUCGGGUGUCCGCCGAUGUCGUCCAUUCGCCAGCAGCAGCAUACAGGGACCUACCAGUAUAUAUAUUCAGCUUCAAUUAUCAUGAUGAUAACACAAAGCGCGCAUGGUUUAGAAGGUUUAAUCUUGACAAGCGCUGGGGCAAUAUAAAAAUUUGUGUACAAUAUCACUUAGCGCGGGUCCGGGCGAUGCGGCCGGAUGAUAUUCGGCUACAUCUUCUACUACGAACGACCAAUCCCGCAUUGUAUUGGAGAGGUGCUAACGCGAUCGCUAUUAUUUCGUACUGCGAAACCAUAUAGACUAGUUCGUGAUCGAUUUCUCCUCAGCUCCCUCGGCUAUUGUGUACAUGGCAAAUAACACACCACUAGCCCGUAGAGCACCCACCAUCAUCGUCGACGUUUGCGAUUAUUUUGAAACGGUGAUAAUUGAUUUAUCCUCAAGGUAUGUCGAGCGGGCGAUAGCAACACAUCGUCGUCGUCGUCGUCAUUGGCCGCAAGCGUAAGUGUAGCACCCGGCUUAUAAGAUCGCCUGGAAACACGCAAAUAGUUUUUAAAUGUUCGUCCACAAGUACCCGGCGAGUUUGAACAUAUUUGCUCGGGCAUUUUCCACUUUUAAGCCAGAGUCCAACCCAGUAGUUGAUUUUUUUUUAUUAAUAUUUGCUUUUUCGCAGUGACCUCGCAGUCGUCUAGUUGUGAUCCGUCACAUUCCUUUGCUGAUGGCCCUAUUCUUUGUGGGGUCUAAUUUACAAUCAACCAAAGUGCCACAAUUUAUCUUGCAACUCGCACGAGGAUUUCCAUCAGUUCAGUUUGUUUAGAAGCUAGGUAUGAUUCCAACGGGUAACUCAUCUAGAGCGUGGCAUGUCGUGCUGGACUGAUAAGACGCCGUUGCGCGCAGCUAGAGUGGUUGCUAUUUAUCAGGUAGAUGUAGAUGAGACGAACCACCCGGGGCAUUCCAAUAGCCUGCUCUGCUCUGUUGUAUGGAAUUGUGUACAAUUAUUUGAAGACGAUACAGAGCAUUACGAUAGUAUGCAUUUACCUGUAUUGCAUGGACAUUUCCAAUUCCUGUUUGGUACCAGAAACUGCGUUUGUUACUGUGAAAAAACCAGUAAAACAAUCGAACUGUGGACAUUCCCGAUGCAGGAAAGGUGCUUGUGGUAAUGCCUUAGCAGCAGUAUGCUCAUAAAUACUGCAAUGCACCCUUCCCAACAAUCGUCGCCCGCCCUGUCAAUUGCCAAUAAACUUCAAUCGACCGGAUUAGGCCUAUAUAAUCAAUUGUUACAGUUUACAGGCAAUUAACGACUUAUGGCGGCGAUACCGGCUAGCCACUUUUUACUGCUCGAGAGAAUAGUAGCAGCAUUGGCCCGUAAUUUCACGGAAUUCAACGGCUCUGACCAGUUUUCAUCUGCUGUCCAAAUUACUGGGAAGUAUUGGAAAAACGUGACUCGGCCACGCUGGUGGCAGUCAAUGAAGCGAUUAAGAUGCACGCUACAAAAAUUUACAAUUCAACUUUUAAUUGUUGACCGGUACUUCACAGAUGCCCGAGUGUAUUUGUUAGUAAACACACUUCAGCUGCCAUCGACUCGUCUUCACAAACUAUCUAGUAAGGUACCGUAAACCGGAGACAAAUUGAUCACCGGGCUGAAAUUGAUCGAACACACUACUGGAAAUAACAUUAUUUCUGAAUAAGUUGGUUUUAAAAUCAUUGAUAAUUCUGUGCUUCUUGUUUGUUUCCACAUUGGGGAAAUGGCUCUCAUGUUGGCCUAUGAAUCUAAGAUUGGGCCCAUCGCUAAAAAUCUGUUAUUUAUCAAUUUUAUCUAGAUGAAUGCGUCAUUGGGAUGGUACUAAUGGAUAUUUUUGGUCGCUAUUGAAAAUUUAGUCGUGUGACCGCCAGACGUCCCGCCCCGCGACGACUCAGACGGGAGGUCUCCUGGGGAACCUGGUGCAGCGGGUACAAUCGCGCAAAAAAAAAAUCUCAAUUAAAGAGGACAUUUCAAUUGACAAAACCAUGCAUUCCUUUUUUUGAAUUGAUCGUUAUUUACCCUCAAAAAAAAUUCGUGAAAAUUACCUAUUUUUCAUGCCGCCAUAGUGGACUACCCCCUUAUUGAAAUGAAAAUAGACUACAAGCAAUGAACAUAUUCACAGCGUGACCAAUUUGCCCCCGCUUUACGGUACUAUUAGUAAUAGCGCGCGUUAAAAAUAUUUGCACAGUUUGACAUUUGAAUUCGCAGCAAGUAGGCACUGACUGGAAUAAUAAAAAUGUGAAUUGUUGCAAAGGUUCCUUGCCAUGCGAUGAAUGUCACAAAUGGGAACGCACUUUGUAUAAUCCACAUCUGGCGCCACGUUCUUCACAAUUGCAUGGCUCUCUUCAAUGUCACCACGCCGCUGGCUGGCUGGCUGGCUGGCUGGUGACGACUAAUUCCCGAGAUAGGGAAAACGUCGAUUCUCGUGACUCGGUCUGUUUGUUUUCAUUAGGCGUUCAUCUACUGCCCACUGUCUUUCGGUCUAUGACUGCUUUGUGAUAAGAUAAAGACUCACUCUUCCGAAAAUACGUUCGCUGUGCCUACUGUGAUUAGAAGGAUUUGAAGGUGUUCAAGCUUUUGGAGUUAGUAAAAAUUCCACGCGUUUUGGUAUUUUUUGUUGUUGUUGGAAGAUUUAAACUACUGCGUCCAUUGAUUCGAACUUUUUCAGUAUAUCCCUGUUUACUGUACGCAUCAUGCAAGCCGACCACCAGCUGGUUGCCUCAAAACGUUCCAAGUCAGGUGUGAUGUGGAACCAAUGGAACCAAUCCGAUCGCCUUUCCAGGAUUAGCAAUCCAAAUCUCUCUGUAAACAACCACUAUCAAGAAAUUUUGAUUU